ACAAAUAAAAAUAAAAAUUUCAAACCACCGUUUUUUUCUUUUUUUUUUUUUUUAAUUUAAUUUCAAAUUUAAAAACACAAAAUUUACCAUUCCUUUUCACUUCUUUCUAUAAAAACCUCUUCUCUUCAUCCUCAUCCAGCAGGAACCCAUGGCGGCCGACAAAAUUCCCGGUGACCGUCCGGCGGCACACCGAUCAAGACGCAAAUCAUCAAAAAAAUGCCUAAACGCCUUCUGCAUUUGCCUCUUCGCCGCCGCCGCCACCGCUUGCAUCGCUGCCCUGACCUUUGGCCUCGUCGUUCUCCGGGUGAAAACCCCGACAGUAAAAUUAACCUCCGUCGCGGUAAAAAAUCUCCACUACGGGUUCUCGCCGACGCCGUUCAUGGAGGCGACAUUAACCGGGGAAAUAACAAUGGAGAAUCCGAAUUACGGGGCGUUUGAGUACGAGGGAGUACGGAACGUGACGUUGAUUUACUACGGCGUGGUGGUGGGAAUAGGGGAGGUGAAAAGAUUGAGUGUAAAUGCGAAGAGUAUUGAAAAAAGGAAGUUUAUUGUAAAAGUGAAACCGAAUUGGAGGUUUGUUAAUGUGGAUUAUUUCAGCGAUGAUCUGGCUAGGUUGAAGACGAUGAAUAUGAGUUGGAACGCCGAGUUCGAGGGAAAGAUUUAUUUAUUGAAAUUGUUUAAAGAAAAGAAGAUUUCAGUGAUGAAAUGUAGUACGAGCUUGAAUUUGACCUCCCAUGGCGUCCAAAAUCUUUGUCAUUUGAUCACCACAGCCAUGGCUGAUAAAGAGCAGGUCAAACCCUUGGCUUCCGCCACCGCCGAGCUCCGGAGUGACGACCAUAUCUUUCUUCCUCCUCCUCCCAAGCUCAAUCUCUAUAGAAACAAAUAUAUCAAGUGCUGUGGCUGCUUCUCCGCUCUCCUCUUAAUCCUUGCCGUCAUCGGUAUCGUCCUCGGCUUCACCGUCUUCCAUAUCAAAACCCCAGAUAUUAAAAUUGACUCCCUCUCCUUCCCAAACGAUACUUUGAGUUCGAAUAGUGGGAUAAUUGUUGUGGCUAGCGUCUCGGUGAGAAACCCUAAUGUUGCGUCGUUCAAAUACUCGAAAGCCUCGACCAAGAUUUACUACCACAAUAAGGUCAUCGGAGAGGGCGAGACACCGCCGGGGGAGGUUAAGGCGAAAGACACGCUAAAGAUGAAUGUGACGGUAAAGAUUGAACCUUGGAAGAUCGACGAUGCUUCGAGUUUGAUAAAGGAUUGGAAUUCAGGAGCUUUGAGUAUAAGUAGCUACACGGAAAUUCCUGGAAGAGUAAAAUUACUUGGCGCCAUCAAGAAAAACUAUUUGGUGAAAAUAAGCUGUUCAUUGACUUACAAUUCAAAAAGCAAGACGAUUCAAAGACAAGAUUGUGAUCAACGUGUAAGAAUCUCUGUUUAAUAUAAAGGUGAAAUCUUAUUCAUAAGUUCGUUCGUUCGAUGUGACUAACAAAUUUACAUCCUAGGUUUACGAGAUAUUUAAACGUAUAUUCAUGUUAUAAUAGGUAUGCUAAAACUUUUUUUUAGUAGAAUAUUAGGAUUUAUUAUUCAUUUUGUGGAUCAUAUUAAUUUCUUUCUUUCUUUGAGUAAAAAUUAUGAAAUUACGUUGUAAAGUUAUGAAAUUGUUCAAUUUGGACA